ACAACUACUGUCAAGUGGUGUUAGGGUGACAAAACGUUGAUUUUUCAUCAGAACAAUCCGGCGUUUUUACAAUUUACGCCAGGGCCUGGAAACGCUUUCUGUGUAUAAAAAGUUUGAUACAUCGAACUUCAACAUGUGGGAUCCUUCGGAGACUACCUUGUAUUCCAUGAUGAUGUUCUUGUUUAUGGAAACGAUCCUGGAGAUGUAUUUGACGAGGCGCCAGAUAAGUGUUUAUAAACAAUGUAAGACCGUCCCGAGAGAGCUUCAACAUGUGAUGAAUAGCGAUACAUUCGAAAAGGCUCGUGUCUACGGAUUGGAUAAGGCUCACUACGGAAUGUUCAAAAUGAUUGUAUGCGAUAUCGUUAUACUACAGCUAGAGCUGUACUUUGGUUUCAUGGCCAUGGUGUGGGCUCGAUCAGUUGAAAUAGCCGAAAAUAUAGGGCUAAAUCCAAAAAGCGAGAUUCAGGUGGGAUGCCUUUUUGCUCUGAUACUUAACAUUAUUGGCAUAUUUAAGGAAAUGCCGUUCAAAAUUUAUGGUACCUUCGUGCUUGAGGAAAAGCACGGCUUCAACAAACAAACAGCCGGAUUCUUCGUGAAAGAUCAAAUUAAAGCUUUCGUUGUUGCCCAAGCACUGACCAUUCCCGUGGCCGCUGCUUUCAUAUACAUUGUUCAAAUCGGAGGACAGUACUUCUUCAUUUGGUUAUGGGCGUUUGUGGCGGUCGUAUCGCUAGUACUCAUUACCAUCUAUCCGGUGUACAUUGCCCCAAUAUUUGACAAGUUCCGUCCCCUGGAAGACGGAGAGCUUAAAAAGAGCAUUCACGAUCUGGCAAGCAGUGUGAAAUUUCCUUUGGGCCAACUUUUUGUCGUCGAAGGUUCAAAGCGUUCUGCGCAUAGUAACGCUUACUUUACCGGAUUGUUUGGAGUGAAACGUAUCGUACUCUUUGAUACGCUCCUGGUCAACAAAGGAUUGCCUGCAGACGACCCUUCGCUUUCCGAGAGCGAUAAGGGCAAGGGUUGCAAGAAUGAGGAAGUAUUAGCUGUACUGGCACAUGAACUGGGCCACUGGAAGCUGGGACACGUUGCCAAAAAUAUUGUGAUUAUGCAGCUGCAGAUGUUCCUGAUUUUCCUCGCGUUUUCAAAACUGUUCACUUAUGGUCCGCUGUAUGAAGCAGUCGGAUUACCUGCCGGCGAAAAACCCAUACUGAUAGGAUUCAUGGUAAUUGUGAUGUAUGUCCUAGCCCCCUAUAAUACAAUGAUCUCGCUCGCCAUGACCAUCAUGUCCAGAAGAUUCGAAUAUCAAGCAGAUGGUUUCGCCCAAGAGCUUGGAUAUGCUGAUGAAUUGGGCAAUGCGCUUAUCAAACUGCAACUGGACAACCUUGGGUUUCCGGUGUACGAUUGGAUGUACUCGGCAUGGAAUCAUUCCCAUCCAACUGUGCUUCAGCGCCUUGAACGGUUGAAAAGCUUGAACAAAGAAGGACACAAAUCUAAAAUCCAAUAAGAUGGCUGAAAGAUCUUAUUACCAAACACUUGGAUAUUGUAAUUCCAAGAUUUUUCAGUUAAUCUUCGAGACGAACGUAAAUUACACCAUAAUUCCGUACAAAAUAUUUUACCGCGUUUAAUCAUAUAACUUUUGUACAUCAACUUUCUGGACUAAAAUAUGCAGCUUAAAUGUGUGUCAGUUUGCAUUACAUCGCAACCGUUUAGAUACUUUGCGGAAAAAUGUGAAAUAAAAUAAAUAAUAAAUAGACGCCGA